CGACUCCGAGUAUCUUCCCCUUCCCUUCCCUUGGCGGCGUAAAUGAAAGAAGGGAAAUCUCCCGUCUCUUUGUCUCCUGCCAAGACGAGUCGCGGCUGAACAGGGGAGGGGCCGCGAUCUCCAUCUGGCGGGCAGAGCAGGGGACGGGAGGGGAUCCUGAUAUAAUACCAAGAUAAUACACCUGCUUGUCAAAUGAUGAUGGGUUUGCUAGCGUUUGAGAGCAACCAAGGGCUCUGGAAUAGUGGAUAUUAUUCCCAGCUGUUUGGGAUUGGAGGAGUUAUGGUCACUGUCGCCAUUCUUUGGUUAUCGACAGGCUACUUUGGAGGAAUUGGUGCUCCUUUUGCCCCAUAUUUUUGGCCAUAUCUAGGACAACUUCCAAAGAAGAAGGAACGGAAAAGGCCUGUGAGAGUGUACAUGGAUGGAUGCUUUGACCUCAUGCACUAUGGCCAUGCAAAUGCAUUACGGCAGGCCAAGUUGUUGGGAGAUCAACUUGUAGUGGGAGUUGUUAGUGAUGAGGAGAUUGUGGCGAACAAGGGUCCACCUGUGCUUUCAAUGGAAGAGAGGUUGACACUUGUUAGUGGAUUGAAGUGGGUGGACGAGGUCAUUCCCAACGCGCCCUAUGAGAUCACGGAAGAAUUUAUGAAUACCCUCUUCAAUAAAUAUAACAUUGAUUACAUUAUACAUGGAGAUGAUCCUUGUCUUCUACCUGAUGGAACGGAUGCUUAUGCGUUGGCAAAGAAGGUUGGACGCUACAAGCAAAUCAAACGCACUGAAGGUGUCUCAAGCACUGAUAUAGUCGGGAGGAUACUACUGACAUUCAAGCAGAAAGAGGCUGGCAGUAUGGAAACUACCACAGAUGCAAAUCAGAACACUGGAGCAACAUGUGAUAAAGUGAAAAGUCAGCUAUCCAAUUUUCUUCCAACAUCUCGCCGGAUAAUGCAGUUUUCAAAUGGACAGGCUCCUUCGCCAGGUGCUCGCGUUGUGUAUAUAGAUGGUGCUUUUGACCUUUUUCAUGCCGGCCAUGUUGAGAUCCUCAGAAGUGCUAGGCAACUUGGUGACUUCCUUCUUGUUGGUGUCCAUGAUGACCAGGCAAUCAGGGAUAGAAGAGGGUAUCGUCCUAUCAUGCACCUCCAUGAGCGUACUCUCAGUGUACUUGCAUGUCGCUAUGUUGAUGAAGUUAUAAUAGGUGCCCCAUGGGAGGUUUCAAGGGAUAUGAUUACCACAUUUAACAUUUCAUUGGUUGUGCAUGGGACAGUAACCGAGGGUAGUUCUGUGGUCGGUAUUGAUUCAUACGCUGUUCCAAAGAGCAUGGGUAUCUUCCAAACAAUCACAAGCACCAAACCUAUAACAACAGUUUCAGUGGCUACCAGAAUAAUCGAUAACCAUGAAGCUUACAAGAAAAGGAACUUGAAAAAGAAGGCAAGCGAAGAUAGAUACUACACACAAAAGAAAUUUGUCUCUGGAGAUUAAUGGCUCAGAAAUAUCGUGGCACUUAUUUUUGCACUAAAACAGAGGGGGGACGGCAUGCUGCCACAUUUAUUCAAGAUAAUUCUACAACAGAGAUUUCAACAGUUACUCGGCUAUAGAAAGGUCAUAGUCAGUUAUAAUUGAUGGCCAUUCAGCAUGGGAACCAGCUCAAGGAACUAAAUUAAAAAUCUGCCGUCGCCCUUUUGGCAGGAAAAUCCACUUAACAGCCAGAAUUCACAUACAUGAUUCUUUUUUUCUUUUUACUUUUGUUGUCCCUGGAGGGGACAAUAUUCAUAGCUGAACAGGUGCUCAGCAAACCAUUGUUGUAUACUUGUAUGUUAUUACUUAACAGUGUGUGGAGUGAUUAGAGUUGCAUACUCCCUAAUUGUACCAAACGACACUUAUGAGACAAUGAGCUGUGCGAUGACCGUGGUCUAUUUCAUUUAUUUCA